ACUGACGUCUAUUACUACAUGGUGACAGCGGUGAUGAAAAUUUUUUCAAAAUUUAUUAUAAAAUACGUAUUUUGGUGCAAUUUUAUCGACAAAAAUAAUGGAACACGCUCGCCCACCAUCCGAGUUGAGUUUGGACGGCGGUCCUGCAAGCCGCGCAGAGGCGUGGAAACGGUGGCGACAACAACUCACGCUGUUCCUGAAAGCUUCGGGUGCCUAUACAGAGACUGCUGGGGUUCAGGCGAGUCUACUGGUAAAUUUAAUUGGUCCGGAAGGUUUUGACAUAUACCAAACAUUUACGUUCGAUAAGGAGGAGGAUCGAGAUGAUAUCAGAAUUUUACUUGAGAAGUUCGAUAGUUUUUUUGUUUCUAAAUUAAAUAUUACACUAAUUCGAUACAAAUUUUUCACUCGGAACCAAGAGGAAGGCGAAUCAAUCCAACAGUAUGUUACUGCGUUACGCCUCCUUUCGAAAAAUUGUAACUUCAAAGAGCUUGAGGACGAAUUGAUCAAAGAUAGAAUUGUGUGUGGCAUUCGAAGUUUAAGGGUGAGAGAUCGGCUGUUGAGAUGUGAGGAUCUGAAUCUCGACAAAGCUGUAAAACUAUGCCAAGCCGAGGAAAUAUCCAGGGAAUCCGAGCAGCAGAUGGAUGCUGUUGGCACGAGUUCGGGAGUGGCGCAGGUGGACGUGGUUGGCGCGCAGCGGCGACGAGGUCGCGGGAGUGCCGGUGGCGGCCGGCGAGGCGCGCGCAGGGGCGCAGCGCCCAGCCCGCAUCUAUGUGCUCGCUGCGGGGGCCUGUCACCGCGCUGUCAGGCUGGAAAUUGUCCAGCGAAUCAAUGCACGUGUUUCGUGUGUGGAAAUCGUGGUCACUUUGCGAAGGUGUGCAAAGCGAAUGCGUUUUAUAAAGGUGGUGGUACAGCGCGCGUAUGCGACAUUAAACACCGAAGUGAGUCAGAGUCGGAUGAUGGUGAUUCAUUUUUUAUUUCCAUGAUUGAGGGAAACAAACGACUAGGUGCGUGGUUUGAAAUAUUAUCGUGUGGCAGUGGUACCGAGAAGUUCAAACUUGACACUGGUGCCGACAUAAAUGUUAUGUCAUUUGAGAGAUUUUUAGAAUUAGGUUUAGAUGUUAGCAUUUUGAAAUGUAAUAAAGUUAUAAAGUUACAAUCUUACAGUGGCGAUGUAAUACCGGUAAAGGGAACGUGCUAUAUAGCUUGUGUUUAUAAAGGUAAACAAUAUGAACUGAAAUUUGCUAUAGCCGAUAUGAAAUGUCAGAGUGUGUUGGGACGGAUAUCGUGCAUACAAUUGAAUUUGAUUAAGCGGAUUCAUUCAUUAAAUUUGUCUCAAUAUGAUGACUUGUUCGAUGGUAUAGGAUGUUUGCCUGGUAAAUAUCACAUUGUGAUAGAUAAGUCAGUACGGCCUGUUAUCUCAGCAGCGAGGAAAAUACCACUGAGUUUACGGGACCAGUUGGCGGAAGAGCUCAAGCGAAUGGAAAGAUAUGGGGUGAUCAGAAAGGUCACACAUCCAACUGACUGGGUGCAUCCUUUGGUCAUAGUCGCUAAGAAAAAUAAUACCAUUCGUGUUUGUCUAGACCCGCGGGAGCUGAAUCGCGCAGUUCGGCGCGCACACUUUCAGCUGCCCACCGUGACCGAGCUGGCGGCACGCCUGCACGGCGCCACGCACUUCUCCGUGCUGGACGCUAACUCCGGUUUCUGGGCGGUGCAGCUUGAUCAGGAGAGUGCUGACUUAUGCACGUUUAUCAGCCCAUUCGGGAGGUACCAGUUCUUACGCUUACCAUUCGGAAUAAAUUGCGCUUCGGAAGUGUUUCAUGGUAAGAUACGCCAGCUUCUAGAAGAUUUGGAGGGCGUUGACAGUUUUAUUGAUGAUAUUAUAGUCUGGGGAAAAGAUAAAGAGGAGCACGACAGAAGACUUGAUGCUUUAUUAAAUAGGGCUCGUGAGAUAAAUUUAAAAUUUAAUAAAGCUAAGUGUAAGAUAGGAGUUCGGGAGGUAACAUAUUUAGGGCAUAUAUUUGAUCGGAACGGCAUGAGGCCGGAUUCCAAUAAAGUAAAGGCUAUAACGGAAAUGCCAGAGCCUACGGACAGAAAAAGUUUAGAACGGUUUUUGGGUGCCGUCAAUUACUUGUCUAAGUUUAUACCAAAAUAUUCUGAAUUGGCAUUACCACUAACUAACCUCCUUCGUAAAGACACGGAGUGGUUGUGGGAGUGCGCUGAGCGCAGUGCAUUUCAGAGUUUGUGUCGAGCGGUGAGCAGCGCGCCGGUGCUGGCGCUGUACGACGUGAGCGCGCCGGUGCUGGUGUCGGUGGACGCGAGCGCGCACGCGCUGGGCGCAGUGCUCAUGCAGGCGGGCCGCCCCGUCGAGUUCGCGUCACGCACGCUCACCGACACGCAGCGCCGGUACGCGCAGGUUGAGAAGGAGCUCCUUGCCAUUGUGUUUGCAUGUGAGAGGUUCCAUCAAUAUAUUUUUGGGAAGAAACGUGUUGUUGUUGAAUCCGAUCAUAAGCCAUUGGAGAGUAUUUUUAAAAAGCCGUUGAUGUCCGUUCCAGCACGCUUACAAAGAAUGAUGUUAAGAAUACAAGGGUAUGAUUUAAUUGUGAGCUAUAAACCGGGAAAGUACAUGUUUAUUCCCGAUACACUGUCGCGUGCACCGUUGCCUGAUUUAUAUGAGGAUAAUAUAUUGAGUAAAAAUAUAAUGUAUCAGGUAGCGAUGAUUGUUAAUAACAUUCCUAUUUCAUGCAAUAAACUAUGUGAAAUAAAAAAGGCAUCUCGCGAUGAUAGAGAAAUAAGCGAGCUUAUCAAGUGCAUUAACUCGGGUUGGCCGGAGCACAAAUGUAAAGUAGAGGAUGUUGUUAAGCCCUUUUGGUCUAUGAAAGAUGAAUUGUAUGAAGUUGAUGGUGUGGUGUUUAAAAACGAUAUAAUUUUAAUACCAGCUUCUUUACGGGGUGAAAUGUUACGGGUCGUUCAUGAGGGCCACCAGGGUAUAGACCGCUGUAAGCGCCGAGCGCGCCAAGCAAUAUUUUGGCCAAACAUUUCUCGUGACAUUGAGUUAUUUGUUAAACGUUGUUCUAUAUGCCAGGAAUGUUUAAAUUCGCCUGCCAAGGAACCAUUAUUACCUGUGGAGAUUCCAUCGAUUCCGUGGAAUAAAGUUGCAUCUGAUAUUUUUGAAUGGAAGAGAAAGUAUUUUCUUUUGAUUGUGGAUUAUUAUUCUAGCUAUGUGGAAGUUUGUGAGUUACCGAAUAUAACGUCGGCAAGCAUUAUAAAAGAAAUUAAGCAAAUAUUUGCGAGGCAUGGCAUUCCUGAACUACUUGUCACAGAUAAUGGCACACAGUACUGCAGUCGCGAGUUUAGACGAUUUGCAGGGGAGUGGGGGUUUACUCACAUAACAUCAUCUCCUAACUAUCCCCAAUCAAAUGGGAAAAGUGAGCGCGCAGUUCAGACUGUCAAGUCAAUGCUGAUUAAAUGUUUAAGAGAUAACAGUGACUUUCAGCUGGCCUUACUUAAUUAUAGGAAUACUCCAAGAGAUGGUCUUAGUUCCCCAUCACAGUUACUAAUGAGCCGUCAGUUAAGAUGUAAGUUACCAGUUAGUGUUAAUAUGUUAAAACCAAAAGUAGUUGAGGAACAUGAAACAAUGUUGCAGAAGCAAAUUAUUUCUAAAAGGUGGUUCGAUAGAAACACUAAAGUUCUUCCGGAACUAAAAUGUGGAGACGAAGCUAUUUGUUUAAAUGGGAAAAAUAAAAGAACAAGAUGUAAAGUUAUAGGGCAAGCGGGAUUUCCUCGUUCUUAUUUUGUUGAGACAAGCUGUGGCAAUAAAGUAAGGCGCAACCGACGACAUUUGAUAAAAUGUGAGCCAAUCCCGGUGGCAAUCGAUGUGGCACCUGCUUCCUCUGAUCAGGAAAGAGGUAUUCAACCUAAUGAGAAAGAUGCAGCAGGUCCUUCAGUAACCUCGAGCGGAAUCCCGCCUGGUCCAUUGACUAGGGCAAAAGCUAAACUAUUUACUAGUAUUGAAUCUUUAUUUUAGAGUCUUGUUUCAUUUUAAUUUUCUUUCAAUUAAUUGUGUUAGGUUUUUGUUCCCUGAGAAUUUUAAGAUUUAUGUUAUUUAAAGAUUUAUGUUAUUUUAAGGGGGGAAGUGUAUGUGUGUUAUGUUCUUAAAAGGGGAGUUGUUGUGUAAUGAGUUUUUAUAUG